GGGUCUGCUGCUGUGUUUCAGUCUGAAGCCGUUGGCUGCUACUGAACCGUUUGGCUCUUUUCUCUGCUAGCGAGCAAACCCACGAUCCAGACCCAACUGUCCAUCCAGCUCGUUUUUAAGGGGAUUUAUCGCCACAUAUGCCCGCGAAUCCGACACGCGGCGGUCAUUGGGGACUCCCAGCAGCGGGUGGCCGGGUCUGAGGGCCGUUAUAACGCGUUUUCGAGCUUUAAUCAGAGCUAGAAAACAGCGGUGGUGGUGGAGGAGGAGAUUCCAUAUUAGGAGCACAGAGGAGAAGGCACCCCCCCCCCCCCCCUUGUGUGAUUUGGAGCUUGUGGUUGUGAGCCCAUGGUACACGGCCCUGACUGAACACAGUGGUGGUGCAUACAUACAUACUGUGGUUAGGUGUGUGUGUGCUGACCUCAUGGUGUAACAGGAGUAAAGAUGAGCAUUAGCAGUGAUGAGGUCAACUUCCUGGUCUACAGAUACCUACAGGAGUCAGGAUUCUCCCACUCAGCAUUCACGUUUGGUAUAGAGAGUCACAUCAGCCAGUCCAACAUCAAUGGUGCUCUGGUUCCCCCUGCUGCUCUCAUCAGCAUCAUCCAGAAGGGCCUGCAGUACGUCGAGGCAGAAGUCAGCAUCAAUGAGGAUGGGACGUUAUUUGACGGACGGCCCAUCGAGUCUUUGUCUCUAAUCGACGCGGUGAUGCCGGACGUGGUUCAGACGAGGCAACAGGCUUACCGGGACAAAAUGGCCCAGCAGCAGGCUGCCGCUUCAGCACCGGCUUCAGCCACUGGAGGCAGCAUCACCGGCAAUGCCAAGAACGGAGAGAAUACUGCCAACGGGGAGGAGAACGGACCCCACGCCUUAGCAAAUAACCACGCAGACCUGAUGGAGGUGGACGGAGAUGUGGAGAUCCCUCAGAACAAGGCCAUGGUCCUACGGGGCCACGAGUCUGAGGUCUUCAUCUGUGCCUGGAACCCAGUCAGUGACCUGCUGGCAUCAGGGUCUGGCGAUUCGACGGCCCGCAUCUGGAACCUGAGUGAGAACAGCACGAGCAGCUCCACACAGCUGGUCCUGAGACACUGCAUACGAGAGGGAGGACAGGACGUCCCCAGCAACAAAGAUGUCACCUCGCUAGACUGGAAUAGCGAGGGCACGCUGUUAGCGACGGGCUCCUACGACGGAUUUGCCAGAAUAUGGACGAAGGACGGUAACCUGGCCAGUACACUGGGCCAACACAAAGGUCCCAUCUUUGCCCUGAAGUGGAAUAAAAAAGGCAACUUUAUCCUCAGUGCAGGAGUAGACAAGACAACAAUCAUAUGGGACGCCCAUACAGGAGAAGCCAAACAACAGUUCCCCUUUCAUUCAGCUCCAGCUCUCGACGUGGACUGGCAAAGCAACAACACGUUUGCGUCCUGCAGUACAGACAUGUGCAUCCACGUCUGUAAACUGGGUCAGGACAGACCCAUCAAAACAUUCCAGGGACACACGAAUGAAGUAAAUGCAAUCAAGUGGGAUCCCACAGGGAACCUGCUGGCCUCCUGCUCAGACGACAUGACACUCAAGAUCUGGAGUAUGAAGCAGGACUCGUGUGUCCAUGACCUUCAGGCCCACAGUAAAGAAAUCUACACCAUUAAAUGGAGUCCCACCGGCCCCGGAACCAACAACCCCAGCGCUAACCUCAUGCUAGCCAGUGCAUCGUUUGACUCCACGGUUCGUCUCUGGGACGUGGAGCGCGGCAUCUGUAUCCACACGCUCACUAAACACCAGGAGCCCGUGUACAGCGUGGCGUUCAGCCCCGACGGUCGGCAUCUGGCCAGCGGCUCCUUUGACAAAUGUGUGCACAUCUGGAAUACACAGACGGGCGCUUUAGUGCACAGUUACCGAGGGACAGGGGGAAUCUUCGAGGUUUGCUGGAACGCAGCGGGGGACAAAGUCGGAGCCAGUGCGUCAGACGGAUCUGUGUGUGUACUAGACCUGCGGAAAUAGCACCGCUGUUUGUUGGAAGCCAUGGACCGACCAUGAAUGUGUACAUAGCCAAAUGACUGUCCCUGCCUGCCCUGUGUACUGCUCACGCUUACAACUAUGGCCCCGCCCACCGACAGACAGGAAGCAGGAAACGGGAACAGGAAGCAAGCAACCCCCCGGCACAGCAGGUCCUGACGAGAGGGAUGAACAGUUGGAUGGACGCAUAAGCAGGCGGAGGGAUGGAUGCGCCCGUCUCCGCCUGUGCAGACUCUGACAGAGAUGCAGAAGGGACGCAGCAUUUAAAGAAAAAAAAAAGAAAACUCAAACAAAAACAAAACAAAAAAAAGUUCCAGAUCUGUGUAUGUACCACAUUUGGAAGCUACUUUGCUUUUUUUUUUUUUUUUUGGAUCUUUAAACCCAUGCUCAUUGUCAUCAAAAUGAAAAACAAUGAAAAACAAUGAAAAAAAAAGUGUUGCUCUUUGUUUAGCUGGAUCUCAUUGUGCAGACAUAUCAACUUCUCCACCUUCAAACACGAUGGCACUUACUUUCAUCUUUUGUUUCGGUGCUUUUGGUUUGUUUUUUACUUCUUUUUUUAUCUUUGGGGUCAAAGGUUGGGUCGGCGUUUUAUGCAGUGGAGAAGUACACACACACACACACACACACACGAAUAGGAAACCGUUUCCUCAUCGCCAUUUUAAAUGUACAUUGUUGUGUUCUGGUUCUGGUUGAUGUGAUUGGGUCAAAAUGCAGUAAGUCAUGUCAUCUCUGGACUCUCCUCCCUACACGUGACUUUCAGAUGCUUUAAAAACACUUUGAUCCACUUUUACCCACAGUUCUCCUCUCUGGACUCUUUAGUCAACACGGUUAAGUGUCCUCCACUCGUCCUCCACUCGUCUCAAAGGUUUUUUUUAAGGUUGCAGGAGGUACCGACACUUAGUCUGUUCAGGUUUGCUGUCAGUGACAAUGAAGUUAAAGUGAGUGUUAGAGUCUUUUCUAACUGUAAAGUGACGUUUUAAAAACAUUCAUUCUUAUUCACUGACACUGUCACACUUGGCAAACAAGGCAGCAGAACACCGAAAACACACUUUUUCUUUCAGGUGCAGUGAGUUUGACAACUUUCACUUAACUGUUGGAAAACGCUGCAAAGAAAAGGUGACAAACUUAUUUAUAACUUGAAAGGUGAAGUGGUUUAGUCACUGAGAGUGAUCCUCUGGACUAUGUGUCAGUGUUUAAUGCAACCACACUUCCUGUCACCGCCUCUUACUUUACUGUACAACUACUCAAGGUUACGCUCAGCUUUACCAUGUUUAUCAGACGUGAAACGUUCAUAAUGUGACUCAUUUUCACCCUCAGUGUGUGUGACGUGUGUGUGUGACAGUGUCAGCCAAUGACCUCGUCGUUUUCUUUACAUUUCUUUUGCAGAUUAACAUUCUCAGAGGUAGAAACGUCUCAGUGAGUUAAACCUCAGAGGGCGGAGCCAAAGAAAAAAGUCAAAUGGUCGAUGUUACAAAAGUCUCGAGACGCUGAGUUCAAAGUGUCUCCCCCUGCUGGUCGUUUGUUACACGCGCUCGUCUCCGUAUUUCACUCUGUUGUGAGUGUAACUGUGAUUUAUCGCUGCAUAUAUCGAACUCGACACAUUGGUUUCUUGGAUUGUUCGUAAAAGCUCUUGUAAAAUUAGCGACGAGUAAAUGUGGCAGAGUGUCGUGUAAAUGGGGAGGGAUUUCGGACGCAGCCUGACUAGCCAAGCUAAGCUAGCUUUCUUAGCUCAGAUCUGCCCAGAUGAAUCAUUAAUGAGGGUGAGAGUUAUCUUUAAAUCAUAAAAAGUGACAGACAUUUAGAAACAACUACAGCGUCAGUGUAGCUAUGUUAAAAUGGCUGUUUUAGCUAAGCUAGCGUGUUCAUGAAUGAGAAUUUAAGAGUUAAAUCAGUUAUUUAAUGAAUGAACAAACAAACAAGUGGAGGAAAACUUCACUGACAUUGACGACGACGACAUGAACAUCGUUUGUGUUUUGACCAAAGUUUUGUCUUGAACAUUGAAAUUAGCCUAUUAGCUCGUGUUCGUUGGCUUCACUCUGUUGUAUGUUUAAUUCUCCAGAGCAGCUCUGCCUCCAAAAAAUCAGCUGAUUUCUUUUUGUUUUUCACUCUUUUACAUUUCCUGUAGUUUUGUGGGACAGGAAACUUUUCUUUUCUUUUUUUUAAUCAUGUGUUCCAAUCUUUGGUAUUGUGUCUGUGCAUUAGUUCUUUUCUUGCCGACUGAUCCCUGGAACAACAUCGUUACUCAGAAUCAGACCCAAAAGUGAAAAAUCUUAACAUUAAAACGGUUCUUAAUGUGUGGGAAUAGCAACAUAAUGGAGCGUUUAAAGGACAAAAAAAAUGAUUUAAAAAAUCAGGGUGUAACCGUGUGACGCAGCUAACGGAGUCAUAGUUGUUUAAAAACAAACCUCUCACGCCAUGUUAGGUUCUGUCCACGUUUUCUUGUGUUUCCCUGCUGACAAAACAUUUUAUACUCUUUUCAAGACAAAUUUAAAGUUACAUUUUUGUAAUUUCUUUGUAGGUUUAAAAAAACAAAUGUGAAUUGAUGAUUUAUUGGCAGUGUUAAUUUACAUGUUCUAUAAAUUUUAAAGAUUUUUCGUUUUCUUACUUCGAUGCUAUUGCAAAUAGUAAAAAGGUUGACCCUGUAAUGUAAGGCUUACAGAGCUGAGCUGUCAUUCUGAAGAGGCACCUUUGGCCUGGGAUGAGUUUUCCUGGGAGAAAAUCACCACUAAAAAAUUUGUCUAUGUUUUAAUAAAAGAAAUGUUUUACUUUUUCUUUUGCUUGGAUCUUUUUGGGCGGCCCUACUCCUGAAACUCGUCUUGGCUCGGGCACAAGACAAUUUGAAUAAAACUGUAAUUUUUCAAUCAA